AUGGCUCUCUCACGGCAUCAAGAUGACUUUUCAACAAGGCCGCACAGCGUCGAGGAUAUCGUCAGUCGAGCACAGAAUUUCGACUUCAGUCCCAACCUGCCUCUGAAACACUGGCUGCGCUCUGCCCGAAUGCUGCUGACGGAAGCCGCGAACUGGGAGCAUGAGGGAAACCUUCAGAUGGCUUACCUUUACGUAUAUCGACAUUGCCAUCUUGUACUGUCGAAGCUACCGGAGCAUCCCGACUACCGGGAUCCACGGUUCAAGCAGGAUCUUGUUUUGGAACGGAAAGCUAUUCAGAGGAACCUGGUCAAGCUGGAGCAAUGGAAGCCAUUAAUCAAUCAAAACUAUGAACGACAUCUCAAGAAUAAGGAAAGACGGAUCGCUGAGAGGCAGCGAGCGCAAGAACAGUUCAAUCUUGCAGGAAGACAGCCGUCGUAUGAUGGUUCACGCCGAGGAUCAAGGGCUUCCAUAGGGAGUGCAUCUCCAGUCAGUCCAACUCAGACCAUUAACGCUUUCGACAACCGAGACUUUGCGGUGGAUCUAGCUCACCGGGAGAUUCGAAGACGAGAUGCGACCAGGCAAUCAACCACGCAAGCCGGCAUCUCUCCUGCCACAGUCGCAUCACGCCGAAGAGGCAUUUCCACACGAUACACUCUUCCACCAGCACUUCCAGCAAAGGCGCCCCUCUACGACUACUCGGCAACCGAACUGGCCGCACCGACCCUCCCACCAAAAGACCAAAUUGCCACUCCCUCCACGGCAACCCCCUCACCACCUCUCGGAGCAGCACCCACCACCCAACCCUCAAAAUACACCUUCCAAUCCGUCGCCUCCACCGAACGCGGCACGCCCCUCCGCACAAUCCUCCUCCCGCCAACCCUCCGCACCGCCUUCCUCAACCUCGCCCACUCAAACACAGCCCGCAACCUCGAAACCUGCGGAAUCCUCUGCGCAACCCCCUUCGCCAACGCCCUCUUCAUCAACACCCUCAUCAUCCCAGACCAAACCGCCACCUCAGACACCUGUGACACGACCGAAGAAGGCGACAACGCCUUGUUCGACUAUUGCGACUCCCACGACCUCCUCGUCGCGGGAUGGAUCCACACGCACCCGUCGCAAUCCUGCUUCCUCUCUUCGAGAGACUUGCACACGAGUAGUGGAUACCAGGUUAUGUUACCCGAAGCCAUCGCCAUCGUUUGCGCGCCCAGACAUUCGCCUGACUGGGGCUGCUUCCGACUGACGAGUCCACCGGGUCUGGAGCAUGUGCUGGGAUGCACACAGCAGGGAUUAUUUCAUCCUCAUUCAGAGGGGAAUUUGUACACGAAUGCUCUGAAGCCGGGCCAUGUUAUGGAGGCGCCGACGUUGAAUUUCGAGGUGGUGGAUUUGAGGAAGGGGCGGUAA